CAGUUCAAAGGGGUUUUCAGAAGUCUUUCAGCCUCAGCACUUGGAAGUUCAAGUGGGUUUUAGCUUGGAGGAGAGAAAAUCAUGACAAGGAACUUGUAUGUUGCGUUCUGCUAUGUGGGACUAAUUCCCGUGGUCAGUUUGUCCAUAAAUCAACAUAGCUAUGAUGCUGGAUCUUCCCCUGUAGGUUCCAGACUAGAGGUCCAUGGAAUGUCCACAUAUCUUAAUGGGUUUCCAGGACAUGGGGAAGAUUUGGAAGAGAAAGAGGCUGUGAAUCCUGGUGUACCCCAAACACCUAACACCAGGUCAUCACAAAAUGAAGAUGCAAUUGCAGAGCAAGCUAACACAAGGGGGAAGUGGUGUUCGUUUGUGAAAUCCCAAAUAGUGACAUAUGCUGACCUGUGUAAAACUGAGAAAUAUGUGAUAAGGUCACAGCAACCGUGCUUACAUGGGACUCCAGAUUGUCAGAGAAUCAUCUAUCGACAUGCUCACAAACCCAUCUAUAAGUUAAAACGUAAACAAGUCACCAGAUUAGAGUGGAAAUGCUGCCCUGGGUAUGUCGGGGCCAACUGUGAUGAACCGGAUCCCAAUUCUAUUCAGAUACCAAUAGAACAAGAAGCAAGCAGUGAAGAUUCACAGGAAGUACAAAUACAACCAGAGGUGUCUGAGAUCAUACAAGCAAUUAUAAAACAGAAAACCCUCCGGGACGAUAUCCAAAAUGACAUUCAUCAGGCGAGUAGCAAUCUUCUGGAUUUACAAAAUGUGCUAGAAAACAAUGACACCCUCAAAUCCCUGGAGAACCAAACAAAGGGAGAUAUUGAAGACCGUCUUCUAAGAGAAGUGUUUCUACCUCAUGUGGAAAAUUUUCUUAAGGAGCGAUUUAACCCUGUGUGGGACAGUUUUAAUAAAAGUCUGCAGCAUCUUUCCAACAUGGUUAAAAACCUUUCUGAAAAUGUUGAAACCAACAAGAAAAGAAUGGAUACAUUUCUUGAAAAUACUGUGCCCAAAAAAGAUUUAUAUGAGCUUGGGGCAAAGUUUGAAUCAAAAAUUCAGGAAAACAUUGCAAAAAUUGAUCAGGUUAAACACGAACUGGACAGUCACUUGCACAUGCAACAGGCUGGAAUACAUUACAACUUGACCAUGAUAAAAGCAGAUACUGACAUGAAAUUGAAGAGAUAUCAGAAGACACAACAGGCUCAGUCUACACAUUUGAACAACACUCUUACAGAACUUAAAGCAGGGCAGGACAAACUUCAAGAUGAAAUACAGGUUAUAGCUGAAAAUAUGACAGAGUUAUGGAUACAUUGUGGUCCAAGGGAUGGAACCAAUAAUAUAACAACUCACCUAAUUAAUGUAACUCUUGCUGACUUUAAGCAGCAGAUUACGGACUUGUACACUGAGUCAGAUGCAGCAUUUGAAAAUAUUUCUACUCUCGAGAAAUGGGUCAAAGAGCUAAGGACCCAAACUAAAACCAAUGAAGAUGAAGUCCAGGUUAAGUUUAUGGAGAAGAGUCUCAUUAUGGAGGAAUACAAAGAGUUUAUUCUGAGGCAGGUAAUCGGUCUUAAUUAUACUAUACAUAGUAUAAAAGAAAACAAUGAUGAGGUUCUAAAAAAUUGUGAUUGUCAGAAGAUUACUUUGGAUAUUCUUGCUCUAGAGGACAAGCAGAGAAACUUUUCUAACCUUGUAAGAGAUGCUUUGUAUGGUGUUGAAGAAGUGAAAAAAACAGAGGGCAGUUCAAAGACUUCAUUGGAGAACUCAGUUGAGGAUCUGUCAGUGGCUCUUCAGCUUAAUCAACAAUCUCUAACGGCUCAACAAGAACAAGGAAGAAACUUAGUAAAAGCUACAAACCAGCUUAAAUCACAAGUUAUGAACUAUUCAACUGAUGUUGAGAUUCUUAAGAAAGAGAAUGAGCAAAUUAAUAAACAUAUUAAAUACCUGGACAGCUCUUUUAGCUCCCUUUUGGAGGAUGCUAUAAGGCAUGAGAGAGCCUUAGAAGCUUUGCUUGGUGAGGAAGUUCUUGAAGUUGUGUCUGAUGAUAAACCUGAAGUUCUGAGGAUGUCAGUACUACAAAUAUACAAUGUUCUCAAUGAAACACUAAUCAGGCUUGAAAGGCAACAAUUGACGACUGAUUCCAUAAUGGACAGAAUGCAUUUUCUAGAGCUACAACCAGGAGACAGAGACUUGAUACCUUCUACAAUUUUUAAUGUUGAACAGCAAGUUGAAGACAUGGGAUAUGAUAACUCAUUUAAACAGAGAACAUUAGAUCACAUAGAGCCACGUCACACUGAAUUGGAUGAAACAGAAUAUAUGGACAUCAUGACCUUGAAAAAUGACAUCAAACUCAUAAGUGAAAAAGUGAAGAAUUUAGAGUCAUACUUAAGUGGUGACAAUCAUUCAUGUAAUGAAACAAUAUUUAAUGCCUUGAAACCAUUAAAUAUUUCUGUAGGAUUCAUUAAAUCAGAAAUGUUGUCCUUAAGAGAACAUUUUGGGGACCACGUGCACUUUUUCAAAAAGAUAUUUGGGAAUUAUGAGGCAUUAAUUGCUUCUAAUGUAACUCUUGAUAUUGCAAAGAUUCAGAUGAUCAUUGACAAAAAACCGAACAAGAAAGAAAAAAAUGGAGAGUCACAAGAUAGAAGAAGAGAUAAGAAACAGACAGAACAGCUAUGGCAAUCUGACGACACAAUGAGAACGGCACAGAAGCAAGAUUCUCCAGUCGCGUUCUCUGCAGGGUUCUCCGAGGGAGCUGAAGGGGUCAAAAUAUUACAGUUCAAUGAAAUCUACCUGAAUUAUGGAAACGUUUUCUCCUCUGAAGACGGGCAUUUUACAGUACCAUAUGGCGGCGUGUAUGCUUUUGCAAUCAGUGUGGACUUUGGACCAGGCAGUGCGCUAGCCCAUUUAGUUUUUGGCGGACGCCACAAAUUGUCUCUUUACAACAACAGCGUCCAACAAGCCGAGAGCAUAAAACAUCAGUUUGCAAUUGUCGAACUGCAAAAGGAUGAGAAAGUUUGGCUUGAACUGCUGCAUGGAUCGAUCAAAAAGAACUCAUUUGGGACUGUUCUCACAGGUUACCUGAUAUUUAAAACGUGAAUGAAAUAUUUUCCAAAAUAACUUUCACCCACCUUGAAAACGGAUGGUAUUGCCUGCAUUAUGACUCUUUUGCUUAAUUGCUUUAAACACCUAUUGUGUCCAGGAAAGAUUGUCAUAACAUUUUCAACUUUACCAGUGGUAUAUUUACUUUUUGUGCUGCCCUAGGCACUGACAAAUCUGAUGAUCCCUUAACCCCCUCCCUACCUCAAACACCUUUUUCUCACACAUUUCUCACAAUUAGAGAUCAGGGUCAUGCACCCUUAAAUAGAUAACCAAUGAUUAUUGAUAAGUUAUAACCGUAAUACAUACAACAUUUAGGAAUCAUAGACUGGGCAGGUAUUAUACCUCAGAAUUGCUCCUUAAUAUUUCCCACACCCCUUAAACUCGACAAGACCAAAAUACACCCUUGACUGCACACUAUAAAUCAAUUGGUGAGUUUUGUCAUGUUCAAAACUGAAUUUGUUGUGUAGCAAUGAGUAAUGACCUUCUCUAGAUGACAAAAACUGCAAUGGAUAGUAUAUAUAGUAACAGAAUAAAUGGAACCCUAUAAACCGCAAUUAAAUAUCUCCAUAAGUCAACACAAACAUGGGCGAGCCAUAACUAAUCGCCACUAAGGAGUAAAUAAAUGAUAGGUCAUAUGGAAGUUUUCAGCCUGUGGGACAUGCUAUACCAUACUGUUAUUUAAUGGCCCCAUUUUGUAAAGAAAAUUAUUUAUUAAAAAAAAUAAAUAUAUAUUAUUACAAAUAAAAAAAUUAAUAACACUGCAAAAAAAAA